AUGAUCGCCGAUACAUACGGUAUAAGCUGGCAUCACUUAUCUAAUUCCUUGACGUUCGCGUCAUAUUUACCAACUAACUAUGGCUACAAGUUAUUCAUUCCAUAUGCGAAGCAAACCAUUUUGUGGGAAAUUUAUUUUAAUCCUUUAUUUCCGGAACUUGGACCCGAAAUCGUAAUUAAUGGAGAAGAAUUUACUGAAACAAAAGAUUCUCUGAGUUUAUUAUGUGGUUUACCUGAGCUAAUCAAAUGGGAUCUUGCUGAGAAAAUGUCAUUGACAAAUGUUUUGAAUCAAUUUUUGAGUUUCUUCAAGUGUCAACAAAUUAAAUGCCUGGAAAAAAAGUCAGAAAAAUUAUUUUCCGAAUAUUUAUCGUUGCAAAGAACAUUUAAUCCGGAAAGUGUAGAAGUUCUUGUAAUGAACAAUUCGAAACAAACAGAAGUAAAGUUUUAUAUUAAAUUGCAUCAAAAUCUACAAAAAAAUUUGGCUGUACGCAACUGCAAUAUGAAUCAUGAAACUUCAUUAUUUAUAAACUAUAAUGGACCUUUGUUCAAUCGUAUUAUGCCAGAAUUAUAUUUAUCACCAUAUCUUACAUAUUUUUUUAACGACACUGAAUCAUUACAUAUUCCAUAUUUAAAAGAAUCUCAACGUACUGUCGAUUAUGCUAACGAAAUCCAAACAAUCGUCCAAAAUAAGAUAGAUAGACAUUUACAGAGUAUGGUGGAACGUAAAAUUUUUAUUGCAUCACUGAUGGUUUUACAACAUGAAUCUAUUAUAGAAUAUGAUGUGACAACUUACAGAAGAAUCUCUUUACUGUUAGAACAUUUGGAGCAGCAUUUUGUUUUGAACUUUAAUCUACCGCUCCGUUUUCCUCAUGAGCAGUUUCUCCUAUCUAUGCAUAGUCUACAUCACAAAUCUGAUCAAGGUAAGGCGUAUUCUAAAAUGGUUGAUAAUUUCCCAUUUUCUCCAAGAUGGGAGCCCAAAAAAAUGAUAGGAAAAGUGUUAGAACAUGUCAUUAACAAGGAGCUUAAAAUUAUAUCAUAAUUUUCGACAUAAAAGUUAUACUACUGACGGUGUCAUCCAAGGAAUAAACAUAAGCCUUA